AGUAGCUUACGCUGCGCUCUCGCAGGCUGCUCGUCCGCUCCGGCUCUGGGUUCGUCUGGCGCUGUUGGUGCUGACAGCGAGCGCAAGGCUUCUGCCUUACCUGCCUCUCCUCUCGUUCACUUCCAAAUCCGAACAGCGCCUGGCACAUUAAAAACGAAAGUGAAUGAAAGCUUGUUAAGCAAAGCUGGGUCUGUCGUGAUUUAAUAUUGUGUCUUCCUCAGUUACCCGGAGAAAACCCUACGUCCCCCAUAAGAACACUGCCGCAUUGCAAGCCAACCCGAUGGCGUCCUCUACUGCUGUGCCUGUAGGAUUUCACUAUGAAACAAAAUACGUAGUUCUCAGCUACCUGGGACUUUUAUCACAAGAGAAGCCACAGGAGCAUCCUCCUCCUUCAACUCAAGGGACUCAACAACAGCUUAUGACACAACAUGCUUUGGAGAAAGAGGCUUUGGAGAAGAUUAAAAUAGAAAUCGAGGAGGAGCUAAAACGUCUUGAUGAAGAAAUCUUGGAAGCAUUUACCACUACAGGAUUUGACUGCCACACUUCCCCAGUGUUCAGUCCUGCCAAUCCAGAGAGCUCAAUAGAAGACUGCCUGGCUCAUUUGGGGGAGAAAGUGUCCCAGGAAUUGAAAGACCAUCUGCACAAAGCACUGCAGAGCUUGCUUAGCAAGCCAGUGACAUAUCAAGAAUAUCGAGAGCGCACACAAGAGACAGCUGUUCAUGCCAGUGGAUGGAACAAGGUCUUGGUACCCCUGGUUCUGCUACAACAAUUUCUGAUGGAGUUAACCAGACGGGGCCAGGAACCACUGAGCGCACUUGUGAACUUCGGGGUGACAUAUCUAGAAGACUAUUCUGCAGACUAUAUCAUUCAACAAGGAGGAUGGGGGACGGUCUUUACUUUGGAAUCUGAAGAGGAAGAGUACCCUGGGCUCAUUGCAGAGGACAGUAAUGACAUCUACAUCCUGACCAGUGACAACUCGGGACAGGUGAGCCCCCCGGAGUCCCCCACGGUGACCACGUCGUGGCAGUCGGAGAGCCUGCCCGUCUCCCUGUCAGCGAGUCAGAGCUGGCACACAGAGAGCCUGCCAGUCUCCCUGGGACCCGAGUCCUGGCAGCAAGUGGCCAUGGAUCCUGAAGAAGUCAAAAGCCUGGACAGCAACGGAGGGGGUGAAGAAAGGAGUGAGAACAACUCUUCCAACUCAGAUAUUGUUCACGUGGAGAAGGAAGAGAUACCGGAGGGGAUUGAGGAAGCAGUGGUGUCAGCUGUCACUGCAGAGACCAUGCAGGCAGCGUUUCCAGAAACCCCUGCUUCUUUACAGGAAGUAAAACCUCAAGCUGAAAUUGCUGCUGUUGAAAAAGCACAUCCCUCUGCACUUCUGCGGGCAAAACAGGAGGAAAAGGGAAAAGUGGCUGAAGAGCUUGUUGAACCUGAAAUCCCCAUAAUAAGUAAACCUGUCCCAAAGCUAGCCCCAUCAGAAGAAAAGGCUGCACCAGAACCUGAGAAAAUACUCCUUCCAGGGGAAAAAAAAGUGGGGAAAGAGGGCCAUUUGGAAGAAAUAGAAGAGAAAUCCUCCGCUGCAGAGGAGAAGCCUAUCUUAUUGCCAGAAGGGAAAUCUAUAUUGCUGUAUGGUGGGGCUGCUGCGGUAGCUAUAUUAGCUGUAGCAGUCGGAGUAGCGCUGGCGCUUAGAAAAAAGUAACGGAGCUCUCUUGAGGAGGAGGAGGAGGGGGGAGAGAGAAGAGAGCACGAUCCGAUUUUUGUAGUUGUGUUACCUAAAGGUUGAGCUGCCUGCUGUUUAAUUGGACAUUUGAGUAACUUAAUGGUGAUGGGGUGAGGUCGUUCAAUAAGCCUCCAGCUAUGGACAAUCAUGUUUUUAGUAGAAUUGGGGCGGGGACUGGUUUUUCGUGAUUAAAGUACAGGGGUAUUUUUAAAAAAAAAAAAUAAAAAAAUUCUGCAAAUUUAAGAACUAAGUGCAGGUGCUGAAGAAAGGGGUGCUUGUACUCUAGGAACUGGAACAGAGAGUCCCCAGGGGAAGGGGAGAGCCAGCUGCUGCCAACCCCUGGAGUUUUUGGCUUCCCAGACUGAGCGCUAUUGCAGCUGUGCUGUCUUGUCACUCCCCGUUGUGCCCCCGAGCCCUCCCUAACAAAUAUUAGUCAACCUGAGUCCUGUAGCGAGAGGCUGGUCUCCCUUUUGUCUCAGCUUCCUCUCAGGUACAGCACUGCUCCUCGUAACCUCACAGGUUCCUCCUAAGCCCCAGUGGGAGCGUGCUUAUUCUUACCUCUUUGCUUACACCAGUUUUGGCCCCUAACAUUUACUGGAGCCCCAUCCCGUAAAGAUGCUGCCUCUCUAUAGCUGUAUUAUUUCUGAGCAUCCUGGUGUUCCUGGGGGAGAGGUGCAGGACGGGGCUUCGCUUCAGCUGCCCAGGAGGGUGGGAGGGACACUGCUAUUUGCUGGUUUGAGAAUCCAUUUGCUCCGCUCCUGCCUGGCCCACUUUACUGCCACCCUUGAGGUACCAGAGGUGCAAAAUCCAUGCUGGACACGGUGCUGUUCUGAUCAGUACUCUGAUACCAGGGUAUAUUCAGCAAAGAUAAAGCAAAACUACAUGGAAGUGAGGCCAACGCCUCCUGUGCAAUUCAAAGGAUAAAUGCUAUGCUGUCCUGUAUCAUGCUGCAGUCUGUAUCGUCUUUCCCAGGUUAAGCACAGAGUGUAUUUAGUCCUAACUUGGUCUUGGCUGUGACAAAAUCCCAGAUACAUAAAGCAAUGGAUUCUAGUAACUGAGCAAAACAGCAUUAAACAUCUCCUCUAUUUGUCUGUUCCUGACUUGGCCGGGAGUGUUGUUCAGUGCGAUUUCUUUUGCGACUCUGAAUCUGUAAUUAGCUAAAUUUACAGAUUCAGAAAUGACGAGAAGGUUACUUUGGCAAAAAGUAAAUCCCUCUCCCUGCUGUCACAACACUUCAAAUGUGUGUGGAGAGAAAGCUUUUAAGUAUUGCCAUACACGUUAGUUAACGUCAGAUCCAACUGCAAAUGGAUCUUUCAGCGUGCAUUUCAGUGUCUGUCGGUGUCCGUACUGCAGCUCUGUGGGCAAGACCUUAGGCUUUCCAGGCAAAGCUACUGACACAUCUCUGAGGGUUCGUGCUGGCACUGUGGCUUAGACCAGAUGGAGAUAGGUGAAAGGAAACUCUGGAUAAUGUAAAAAUCAAAAUGUGAGCUUACAGGAAGCUUACCCUUCAUAAAGCACAAAGACAAGGUACUUUACUUCUAAAUAACCUUAUCUAGAGUCUGUCUCCUAAUGAGCCUGUUUCUUAAGUGAUCUGAGAAUGAAGUGAUUUUAGCACAUUCUGUUUUAGGAUAUUCUCGCUACAUUUUCCUAUCCCACCUGUAUCGCGGGAUGCUGGGAAGUCAGUAAGAACCUGGCAGAUUCUGAGGGAUUUUUUUUUGUUUUAAGCUUUUAUGAGUGGAUUUUCUAGAACACUUCUUGGAUUUUGAACUCUGUGUGUUGAAUAUUAAGAGGAAGGAUUGUCGCAUAUGUACUGCUGUUGUGGACUGAACUCAGGUGCUCUGGAGUUCUGAACUUUACUGUUGAUCAUUGAUUGCCCUUUUUCCAUGUACAAAAGGUAGCAGUUUGGCCUUAACAGAAAAAGAAGCCCUUUACCAUGUUGCAAAAUGGAAUUGACUUUUUUUGCCAUUUCCUGGUGCCCUGCUGUUACUCUCAUUGCUGUGCUGUGCACCCAGAACAGGUCACUGGGACCUCCUCACGCCAUGGACUCGCCGGUGUCUGCCUUCCCACCACCACAGUUCCCUCUCCUGGCCCCUUGUGGGAGCUUCCCGUGCGUGGAGAGGUGUCUUUAUGCUCCUUUUGUCAUGGAUGUGCACGAAUGUUUACAGUUUUGCUUCAUUUCAUGUGUCGCAACAGUGUUUAUCAACAAGUGACACAGCCUGUGAGGGGACCUGGUUGUUCUAUGUGGCAAGGGCUGCUUUACUGCCCUGUAAGUCGGGGUAGGCCUGCCCCUCUCCUGCUCCUUUGCUGAUGGCUUCUGUUUCCUCUCUGGGCAUGUUCUCUGUGGGAGAAGGGCCGUUCUUAACGUGCUGUAUGUCCUCCUCUUACUGAAGAUGAUGCACCUACGUUUGGCACGUCCCCCAUCUGUAGCCAUGCAGCAGGUUACACAGAAGUACCCACAUGCGCUCUGAAGCAGAGAUGGAUUUUGUGGACACUCUGGAUAACUUGUGUACAAACUGGGGGUAGGGCUGGUGUUAUUUAGCUCUUCUCUGUAUAUGGUUGUUCUAGUAGUAGUGUGGGAGUCGGGUACAGGACAGACGAGAAAAUAAAUCCACACCAGCUAGGGAACAAGUCCCUAGCUUGUUGGCACAAGGAGCCCAGUGGGGCAUUAAAUAAAAAGUCUCAUCUUCUACCCACAGCAGUGAGAAGAAGGUGGCAGCAGUAGUAAGGAAAAGAAAUGAUUUUGUUUUGUUAAGCAUUUUCAUGGUGGGGCAAAAGCCUUGAUUAUCUGGUGUGUUGCUACAUUUAAUGGAGCAUCAGCUGCACCCUGUGUUUUGGUUGCUUGGUCUUUUCUUUAUAUUCUUCUCAUUUUGGGGUCUUAUAGAUUUGACAAGUCAGCCAGAAUUUGUACCCUCUUCUCCCCCAUCCCACUGACCACACAUUUAGAAAAUUUAUUGUAUGUGUCUCUUUCCUCUGGGAACACUCCAUUAGCUAAAAAAGGUCAGUUAUGGACUUGAAUUCUACUGAAUUUGGAAUCCUGUGGUCAGAGCUGGGACAGGCCCUGUGGAAGACACUGAAGGGUGGGUAACCUUAGAUGACAGCAGUCUUACAGACUUGAGUGCCAGGCUGCUUGCUCUAUUUUAGGUGUGAAUUAGAAAAUGAAAGGGUUCCCCCCCCCCCCAUCUUCAAGUAUAUUAAAAUAAUCCUGAACUGCAGGGUCUAAUUACCCUGAACUGUGUGAUGCAACCUCUCUUCAGUGGAUCUGUUGCAGCUGGCAGAGGAAAGGCAGUAGCUAUAUACUUACAAAAGGGCAUAUAGAAUUACUCUCACUUGUGUUGCUUAUCCCCUUCCCAAAAGUGCCUCAGUAUCUGUCCUCAAGUGGCCUGUACCUUAACAAAAUAUCUACCUUAGACCCAGUCUUUCUUCACUUUAUCCUUGUCUGCAGCACACCCUAAAGCUGAGAUGCUAUAACAGCAGAGGACUGGAUCUACAAAAAAGUGUUUAAUACUUAAGGAACUGCAGUGGAUAGCAUGCUAAAUAAGGAGCUGUCAAGGAAAAGGCUUUCAAGAUAAGGUGCAACUUACUUACUUAAAUUUCAGUUGUGCUUAACUUUAAGCUAUGCUUGGUUGUUGUGGCUGGGAGCUGGGCAGGGGCUGUCUUCAGCAAGCAUUCCUGGAACAAUAGGCUGGGAGGAAAGACUGAAACCCAGAAGCCCUCUGCUGCAUAAAAGCCCAAACCAGACAGACCCACGUUGCUGCCUGUUGCAGCCGUGUGAGAGCCUGGUGGACCCCUGCCUCCUGCAUCCCUUGAACUUCAGAAGAUCCAGGCUGCAGGGCUGUAGUUGGCACAGCAGUGCUGAAUUGCUCAGCUAGGGCAAAAUAGGAAUAUUACUGGGCACAGCCAGAGAGGCAGCUUGAAAACUUAAGGUUUUGGUUCUCAUCGGGUUGGGUGGAUGCCGAGUAGGUGUUCUCAGGGUGAUAAUUUGGCUGCUGAAAAAUACUGAAAAUAACUUAGAUUUAAAAUCUGGCUAGAGCCAAGAAAGCAACACUUCUGCAGCCUUCUGUCCAUUCAGAUAUGAAUCAAGCAGCUGCCUGCUCCAGGUACUUGCCAGUCUGAACAGAAGCUCGCUCCUAGCACAGAGCCAGACGAUGCAGUGGAAGCAUGUUCUCUGUUCAGUAUUGCACUUGGUUUUAGACACCAGUUUAACAUCUGGCUGGAGGUGAAGUGCCUGUUGUUGUGGUGUUUGCAGCUGGUUCUUUCUUUCCUAACCUGCCUUCUGGAGAGCAAAUUACUACUGCAAGAAUCCAUCCUUGCUGUUUGUGAGGGCUUGAUUUUUUCAUCCUGGCUGGGGGGGCUGUGCUCAGGCAUCUGCAGCUCAAGGGCCAGGUGAAACCUAUAGUGCUGAGUGCUCUUGCAUAGGGCAAGUUCUCCUGAUUCCUUCCUUUUCACAUAGCUCUGAUCACAGCUAGGCUAACACUUUGAACUGUAUUUUUAAACUAAUCAAUGCUUUCUAAUGGUCACAAAUGAAAAAUUUCAUGAGUACUAAACAAGCAAGGUUCUGAAGUUUGGUCUUUUUUCAUUUUAAUGAUUGUAGUAGACAAAAUAAUCUGAGGUCAUAAACCUUCCCUACAUUUAAUUUCAGCUACAGUGGUAUGGCAGUACUAGCAAAGCCCUACUAGGUAGAUCUUGCUAUUCUGGCAAAAAAAAUAGAAGUGCUUCUGGCAGCAUAGUCUCUCAUGCACCAAACCAGAGCAAGCUUAUGCUACAGAAUUUGAGAGUGUAAUUACUAGAUUCUU